CCUAGCGCCUGUGGCAACACAGAUUAUAUUUUUCAUUCCAGGCCAGUGUAAUACCGAAAUGUCGGACAAACCUGACGUGCAGCCAAAAUUAUCCAAACGUGGAUGGGCAACCGUUGAGGGGAUUCUGCCCAAGAUCAAGGAUGUUGUUGCUGAGAGAUCAAAGAAAGUGAACACCAACAUCGAUCUUUCAACUGCAGAGAAUUGGCUGUUACGCCCAGAGCUGAUUGAUAUCUGUAAAGAUGCUAUCGCGCAAGACCUACUUCCCAAGCACUUUUCGUACCCAAAAGGCUUCUCAGGCGAUCCGGAGCUAUUAGAAGCAUAUGCCAAAUUUUUCAAUGACUACUUCGCGCCAUAUACACCCGUCGAACCUUCCCAUCUUGCCACGGCACCGGGGGCUAUGGCUUGUGUAGAUACGCUUCUUUACAACAUCUGCGAUCCUGGUGAAGGGAUACUGACACCCGGACCUUAUUGGAAUGGUUUUGAUUUCGGAUUUCGGGUUCGCUCCUCUGUCACGCCGGUGUUGGUGUCCUUGCCAUCCUUCGAUGACAACUUCAGCGACAAACUUAUUGGCGCGCUCGAACAGGCUUACGAAAAUGCGACCAUCCCAAUCAAAGCACUCAUAAUCACAAAUCCACAUAAUCCUCUCGCAGUUUGCUACCCAAAAAGUGUCCUUGAGGCGUGUUUACGAUUUUGCGAGAAACAUGAUCUCCACUUUAUCUCGGACGAAAUCUAUGCUCUCUCCAUAUUCCCAAACCCGGAAAUUACUGAGAAUCAUCAAUUCGUGUCCGCAUUAUCGAUCAAUCUUGACAGUAUUGGAGUUGACCCGUCACGUGUCCAUGUAGUUUGGAGCAUGAGUAAAGACUUCGGUCAAAGUGGUUUUCGAAUGGGCGUCACCGUAACUCAAGCAAACCCUGGGAUGGCCGUGGGCCUUGCAUUGGCAGCGAACACCCAAACUUCUUCACUAUCGGCUAUAUGUACCAUCAAACUACUGUCGUCACCGCAGCUGCCUUCGCUGAUGAAGGAUAAUGCCGAGAGACUGAGCAUAGCAUACAAAACGCUUACCGGUUUUUUCAAACAGUAUGAUAUUCAAUACUUCCCAGCAAACGCAGGUUUGUAUGUGUUUGCACGUCUGAUAGACGCAAAGACCUGGGAAGAAGAAGCGGAGAUGAUCAGCAAGCUUAAGGCCGCUGGCGUGUUGGUAAGUGCAGGGAAAGCAUACCAUGGGCCGGACGCCGAGAAGGGCUGGGCUCGAGUGCUUUUUGCUGUAGAACCAGAAGUGUUACAAGAAGCGAUUCGAAGGAUGGGGACUGUUUACUCUGGGAUUGCAGAAAAAUCAUGACGCGCUCCAGUCAUUUUCACUUCUUGAUUUGCGUUUCUUCCUGUUGUCGAUUGACGGUUGCAACAUGUGACCUCCACCGCAUGCAUGAAAUCUACGAAGGAGAACAUUAUCGGAAAUAAUGUCAGAAAAUUUAAUGCAAUUCUUACGUGCAUGAGAGACCCUGCGUCCAGUCCCAGUCAGGGACGAACUCGAUGGCUGAAGGCCACGCAUUCCUAAGCACAAAGAUUCUGUUCAGCCUCCAACCACUCGAGCCUGCUAGGCGCUCCCAAUCACUCCGAUCCCUUUCCCGGCCACCGACAGCGACCAUCAUGUUCAGAUCUCCAUAGCGAGACAUCCUCCCUGUAUGACCGUCUUGGAGAAUAGAUUCUAGGAUUACGAGCCGACUGAGAGGGGUUUUGCGAAUU